CCAUAUCCACAUGUCCCUAUAUCCCAAUAUCUCCAUCUCCCCAUGUCCUAUGUCCCUAUAUCCCCAUGACCCUCAUGUCCCAUAUCCCUAUCUCCCCAUGUCCUAUAUCCCCAUGUCCCCACGAUGCCUUUUCCUUACCAGGGAUCUUAUCACACCCAGAAUUGGGGUUUCCCAGGAAAGUUCGUUUCCGUUUCGCAAGCUCGACAAGUGGGAUCUGCCAGCAACCGGUGACGUCACGAGCAGUCCUGGUUUCUCAUUGGUGGGUGGCUCGGGGCAGAGCCAAUAGCGGAGCAGGAGGCUGCUGCUGGUGCCCAAGCUCUGGGCUCUGGGCUCAGUGCUCAGCGGAGGAGCGCGAUGGGGCCAGGCUCUGCCGUGGGGCUCCUGCUGCUCUGCGGCCUCGGAGGGGGGGCGAGAGUGCUCCAUUCCCUGCAGUACUUGUUUGUCACCGUGUCAGACCCCAGCCCGGGGAUUCCCCGGUUCCAGGCAAUGGGAUAUAUGGACGGGAACCUCUUUGUGCACUACAACAGUGACAGCAAGCGAUGUCAGCCCCGGACACAGUGGAUUGAGGACAAUGUGGGUCAGGAAUACUGGGAUAGAGUGACUGAGAUUGCACAGACAAUCCAGCAGUUGUCCUACGAUGGCCUCAACACUCUGCGGGAUCGCUACAACCAGAGCGGGAGGGCUCAUACACUGCAGUACAUGUCUGGCUGUGACCUCCUGGACGAUGGGAGCACCAAGGGGUACACUCAGGUCGGCUAUGAUGGGAAGGACUUCAUCACCUUCGACAUGGACAACAUGACGUUCAUCCCGGCGGUUCCAGAGGCAGAGGCCACCAAGAGGAAGUGGGAACAGGAUGAGAGCAUAGCUGAGACCUUGAAGAACUACCUGGAGAACAUCUGUGGGGAGAGGCUGAAGAAAUACGUGCGCUAUGGGCAGCUGGAGCUGGAGAGGAGAGUGUCCCCCACGGUGCGAGUGUCAGGGAAGGAGCAGGAGGACGGGAUCCUGACCUUGACCUGCCGCGCUCACGGCUUCUACCCGCGGCCCAUCGUGCUCAGCUGGCUCAAGGACGGCGAGGUGCGGGACCAGGACACCCAAUGGGGCGGCCUCGCCCCCAACAGCGACGGCACCUACUACACGUGGGCCUCCAUCGAGGCCCACCCCGGCGACAAGGACAGGUUCCGGUGCCGGGUGGAACACGCCAGCCUCCUCCAACCCGGCCUCUAUGCUCUGGAGCCGCACUCUGACCUGCUCAGCAUCCUGCUGGCGGUGGCUGCCGUGGUGCUCGUGGCCAUCACCAUCAUCGGGGUGCUCCUCUGGAAGCUCAGAGCGGGGAAGAACAGGGAUGGCAACAGCGCGACCCCAGGUGAGCACCGGGGGCACAUCCAGCACCGUGCUGGUCCCGUGCCUCCGGCUUCCCAAUCCUCAGCCCCCAUAGGAGGAACAGAUGGAAAAGGAGGGGUCUUGGCUGCUCACGGCUCUUUCUCUUGCAGGCAUGGCCAUGGGCUCUGCCAGCUCAGCACCAGAGCUUCCUACUUAACUCCUGCAUGGGCUGGAUGAGCUGCAACCGGAGGCUUCUUCUUGCUGCUGCCCCUCUUCUUUGUGCUGCUGCUUCACCGAGUGCUGCUGGGAAUGAGCAGGGAUUGAACCUGGAGCUUCUCCUGCCCCAUAAAUGCUGAUCCCUCUGGC